AUGGCGGGAGCAAACAACAUGGAAAAGAAACUGGCUGAAUUUAAGUGUGACACCAACGAAGCUGUCUGCUUAAAGCUAAUUCGCUUUCCAGAUGACAUUGAUGAUGAUGGGACAACAUUCCACCCGGAAUACAGCCACCAGAUUUUUGGAGAUGAUGAGGUGGCUUUUGGAUACAAAGGUCUUCAGAUACAACUCUUUUACACAGCUGGAAGCUUGACCACCCUUUAUAAAGUCAAGUAUUCCUCCAAAGUCACUGAAACAUUUGACUGUGUGGAGCCUGAUGAUAUUGAUGGAAAGAUCCGAGAAAUUGUUCCCGCUGGUUUCAUCUGCAACACUGAUGACUUCAUCACUCUACUGGAGAAGGAGGCUAAUUUCAGGCCCUUCGGCAGUUUGUUACACGUCUACACAUUCCACAAUGAGGAAGCCGGAGAGCUGACUUAUCAGAUUCACAAGGCCGACUUGAGCUGCCCGGGAUUCCGAGAGUACCACGGGCGCUUGCAGACCUUCCUCAUGUGGUUCAUAGAGACUGCCAGCUUCAUUGACCCGGACGACGAUCGUUGGGACUUCUUUCUUGUAUUUGAAAAGUAUAAUAAGGAUGGGGAAACCCUCUAUGCAACCAUUGGCUACAUGACAGUUUAUAAUUACUACGCGUACCCAGACAAAACCCGGCCACGUGUAAGCCAAAUGCUGAUCCUGCCUCCGUUCCAAGGAGAAGGUCACGGAGCACAACUGUUGGAAGCAGUGCACAGAUUUUAUUCUAGCGUGCCAAAAGUUCAAGAUAUCACAGCUGAAGAUCCUUCUGAGAGCUACAUAAAGCUAAGGGACUACGUGCUAGUCAAGCUUUGUCAAGGCCUGCCGUCCUUCGCUGAGGACAAACUACACCUGGGCCUGUCGAACGAAAUGGUCGAAGAGGCACAAGUGAAACUGAAAAUCAACAAGAAACAUGCAAGGAGGGUGUAUGAGAUCCUUCGUCUGAGAGUGACAGACAUGAGUGACGAGGAGAAAUCAAGGGCGUACCGCUUGGCAGUGAAGAAGAGGCUUUUUGGACCAUACAGGAAAAAUCAGAGGGAGCUAACCAAGAUGACGAAGUGCCUGCGGCUGGAAGAGGUUGUGUCCCAAUUGGGUCAGAUGGACACUCAGAUGCAGCACGAGGAGCUGGAAAAAAGCUACCAGGUGGUUUUGGAAGACUACCGAAGAAUUAUUGAGAGGCUGGCAGCGCAAGCCUGA